UCUUGCUCGCGGUCUCUGCAGCGGCAGGCUGCUCCCGUCCCGGCCGGCGAGGCGGCCGUCCAGCCCCUCGGGCCGGCAGGCGAUGGUGCGGCGGAGUGCGCGGACGCGGGCGGCGCGGCGGCGGGCAUGAAGGAGGAUGGAAGGGCAGGACGAGGUGUCGGCGCGGGAGCAGCACUUCCACAGCCAAGUGCGGGAGUCCACGAUCUGUUUCCUUCUCUUUGCCAUUCUCUACAUUGUCUCCUACUUCAUCAUCACAAGAUACAAGAGAAAAUCAGAUGAGCAAGAAGAUGAAGAUGCGAUAGUCAACAGGAUUUCGUUGUUUCUGAGCACGUUCACUCUAGCAGUUUCAGCUGGGGCGGUUUUGCUUUUACCCUUCUCAAUAAUCAGCAAUGAAAUCCUGCUUUCUUUUCCUCAGAACUACUAUAUUCAGUGGCUAAAUGGCUCCCUGAUUCAUGGUUUGUGGAACCUUGCUUCUCUCUUUUCCAAUCUUUGUUUAUUUGUGUUGAUGCCCUUUGCCUUUUUCUUUCUGGAAUCAGAAGGUUUUGCUGGCCUGAAAAAGACUAAGGUCAAAGGGGAGAAUCAUCUUGAGGAGGGGUAUGAGAAGGGAAUCCGAGCCCGAAUUUUAGAAACUCUGGUCAUGCUUAUUCUUCUGGCCUUGCUUAUUCUUGGGAUAGUGUGGGUAGCCUCGGCACUCAUUGACAAUGACGCUGCGAGUAUGGAAUCUUUAUAUGAUCUCUGGGAGUUCUACCUACCUUAUUUAUAUUCCUGUAUAUCAUUGAUGGGAUGUUUGUUACUUCUCUUGUGCACUCCAGUUGGCCUCUCCCGCAUGUUCACAGUCAUGGGGCAGCUGUUGGUGAAGCCAACAAUUCUUGAGGACCUGGAUGAACAAAUUUAUAUUAUUACUCUAGAGGAAGAAGCACUUCAGCGACGACUAAAUGGACUGUCUUCAUCAGUGGAACACAAUAUAACGGAGUUGGAACAAGAACUUGACAACGUAAAGACUCUUAAGACAAAGUUAGAGAGGCGCAAAAAGGCUUCAGCAUGGGAAAGAAACUUGGUGUAUCCUGCUGUUAUGGUUCUCCUUCUUAUUGAGACAUCCAUUUCGGUCCUCUUGGUGGCUUGUAAUAUUCUUUGCCUGUUGAUUGAUGAAACAGCAAUGCCAAAGGGAACAAGGGGGCCUGGAAUAGGAAAUGCUUCUCUUUCUGCUUUUGGUUUUGUGGGAGCUGCACUUGAAAUCAUUUUGAUUUUCUAUCUUAUGGUGUCCUCUGUUGUCGGUUUCUAUAGCCUCCGAUUUUUUGGAAACUUUAUUCCCAAGAAGGAUGACACAACGAUGACAAAGAUCAUUGGGAAUUGUGUGUCAAUCUUGGUCUUGAGCUCCGCACUGCCUGUUAUGUCAAGAACACUGGGAAUCACUAGAUUUGAUCUACUUGGAGACUUUGGAAGGUUUAAUUGGCUGGGAAAUUUCUAUAUUGUGUUAUCCUACAAUUUGCUUUUUGCUAUUAUGACAACAUUGUGUCUGGUCAGAAAAUUCACCUCCGCUGUACGAGAAGAACUUUUCAAGGCCCUAGGGCUUCAUAAACUUCACUUAUCAGAUACUUCAAGGGAUUCAGAAACCGCAAAGCCUUCUGCAAAUGGGCAUCAGAAAGCACUGUGAGCCCCACAGCACCGCUCUGCAAUCAAGAGCCUGAGCACCCCAAACUCGUGACAUUCCCGUCAGUCAGGGAUGCUUGCUGCUGCCUGUGGUCCACGUUUAGGGCCUGGGCCUGUCAGUGUCGUUUUCAUAAUCUAAGAGCUUGGCUGUUGCAGGUCUUCUUCUUUUUAUUUACCUUUGGGGGGUCCCUUGUUAGUUUCCAGCCGGGUGCAGGCUCCUCAGGGCGGCGCGCCUUCUGGGGCCAUGUUUGCUUGCAUCAGUUAUGCACCCAUGUGAGCGUGUUAGAAAAGGCCAACUUUGGGGCUUUCUAAGGAUUCACUUAAAUCUUGCUAUAUAUUCCAUUCAAAAUGAAUUCCAUUCAUGCCCUACAUGAAAGGGCAUCCUUGGUACUUAGAUGUGAAGUUUCUGCAAAAAAUGAAAGUUUAUAGAUGAUACUGCAAUGGGUACAUUGGAACUGUAAAUGGUUGCAAAUUAUAUUUUUUACUUCCUUAAAGAAAAAACAAAAGCAUAGUUCUGAUUUAUGUUACAGAAUGAUAUUGAUUGGACUUUGAGUCAAGGGAAAAAUACAAAAUUCUUUUAAAACUUGAGCCUUGGUAGAAUGCCACAGGAAUACCUCCUACUGUCCAGUGGAAUAAGCUAUGGUAGGAAGUAUUAUGUAAUCAUAGUUCUUUGACAGUUUGUGUAUAUAAUUCAGUAUUACCUCUCAUAACAUAGUUGCCAGUGUUGAAUACACUUGUAACUUAGAUUUUGCCUUAUAGGCUAUAUGUACACUCAGUUUUUUUUAAGCAUUUUUUUCAGAAAUCCCUUAAUUCCCUGUGCUCCUUGUGUCCAUUAUGAACUAUAAGUGCUCUGUGGUAGACACCCCUUCUAUCGCCACAGUCUUCAGGCUUUGAUCACUUCUGUACAUGCCAAUUUAAACAUCAGACUUACGAAUGUUACCAUUUAACACCCAAAACACACAGCAUCAGCAUUCAUGAUGUAAGAAAAGUUUUGCAGUGUAUCGUGGUCUGAUGAUCAUUCAGUUAUUAAAUUGUAAAUAAUUCUUGGGAUGGGUUCUUGACUUUAAGUCCACUGAAUAAAAGCUAUAACAUUA